CCACCAGCGAGGUCCCAACGGGCAUGCUCGGUCACGUGACGUCAGUUGUGUCACGUGACAUGGACGACAGCGGUGAUUAGAUGUCAACUUGAAAGGUCUGCUCUUAGGGCCGUGACAGGAGACCCAGAGGGGAUGGAUGGAUUUUCCAUUAACAUAACAGAGGCAAUGGUUGUUGGGACCAGCCUGGCCCUCUCAGGCAUCUGCUACUAUCUCUACAGGAGGAACCAGAUGACAGUAGACAAACUUGACAACGCCCCCCACUUCACCAUAGAUGGGGAUCUCAAAAACAUUUUGAAAGUAACCCCAGGAGCGUGUCUACAAUACGUCGUCAUCGAAGGUGCUGUGAAACCAGUAGACAAGCCUCUGACAAGUGAAUUCAACAAAGAAAUAGUUGGCGUGUUGCGCAAGUUCAUGCUGAAGGAACACAGGCUGCUGUGGAACGGCAUUUCACGCACAUGGACUGACAACGAGAGAGUCGUGCAUGAAAGCGUGAACAUGGUGCCCUUCGUGUUGGUGGGAACGAAUGAGGCCGAAGUCCGAGUCCUGUGCCCCCUGCAGGCCUCGGGGACGCACAUGGAGGUCACCUAUGAGGAGUUCGACCAAGCCAAAAGCGGCUUUAUGGACCUCGUGGGACAGUUCAUCAGUGGGGAGAAGCUCAAAGGUCAACUGAAGAUUGAGGAGAUGCUCAAGGUGGGCACCACUCUCACAGGCGUAGGCGAGGUGAUACUGGACGCGGACAACACCCUCAGUCUCCGACCGCCCUCCAACGGUUCACAGUACUUCUUGAGCUUGGUGGACUUCGACACCCUCCGAGAGGAGAAGGAGAGCGCGGCCGUUGGCUGGAAGGUGCUGGCCGUCACUUCUGCUUUGGUCGGGGCUGCCGUCCUCUCCUGGGCAGGCCUGCGCUACUACCGCCACAUACAGCACCGCAGGAAGCGCGAACAGGAAGCCAGGGAUUUCGAGAGACUGAUGGCUGAGGCCUCGAGGCCGUCUGCCGCGCAGGACGCCAUGCAGGACGGGGCCGGCAAUCACACCGGGAGCACGUGCGUGAUUUGCCUCACUCAGCCUCGCAACUGCAUCCUGUUGGACUGCGGACACGUUUGCUGCUGCUACACCUGCUACCAGGCCCUGCCACAGCACCGAUGCCCCAUCUGUAGACAGAACAUCGUCAGAGUGGUGCCGCUCUAUCUCGUCUGAUGUAACCGCGCGACCUCACUGGACUUUACACACUUUAUCAGCUUUAAACCUCGAGGGUCUAAAGUGCUGCACUUAUUAACUUAAAGAUGAUAUUUGGGCAUAUUUGUUCAUUAGGGAUUGAAUAAGGCACGGUGUAAAUUCAAGCAAUACAAAUGUUUUAAUUUCCUAAAUGUUGAUGUGCCUUAUUCUGGUGAUUUACAUGGCUGCUCCUGUACUGUACGUAUAUAUAUAUAUAUAUUUAUAUAUAUAUAUACACACAUGAAAAGAUACGGUUUUGUUUCAGAUGGUUUCGGUAACAUGUUUGUGAAGUACCAGAAACAAAGAGACAUCUGUAGGUCAAGUUUCAGUGUCUGUGUGUGAUAAAUGCACUACUGAAAAGCAGGGAAAGCUGUUUCAGUAAAGUACUUUAAAACUCC